UCGCGGUGCUUUGAUGACUAGUUGAGAUCAGAGGAGCGAAACCGGCUGGAAGGAAUCAGGAGGGAUCAGAGCAGGAAGAGAAGACACGAGAAAUCAGGAUCAAACCUCAGAAGAAGGACAAGAAGAAGAACAACACGUGAAGAAGUAGAACAAGUAGAGGAAUAAGAGGAGGUGAAGAGCAGCCGUGUGAGAAAGUCUGACUUUGUUUUCUUCUGCUUCAGCUGUCAGUCAGACAGGAUCCAGAGGAGUGCUGAGGCCACGCCCCUUCAGGUGUGUUCCUGAACAGCCGGAUGGACGGAAGCAGCUCGACAGGAAAUCCCAUCGCUGCCUCGUCUCGCUGGCUUCCUGCCUGCCCUGAUGAGGACACGCUUCAAUCAGCUGAUUGGAUCUCAGCUUCUGAGGAGGACGACGGGCAGAGGAGAGAGUCCAACAGUCUACCCGGGUCCCAGAAAGACCAGAGUCCUGCAGAGACCCACCAGAGACCCGCAAAGAACCGCGAGAGUCCUGUAAAGACCCACCAGAGUCCUGUAGAGACCCACCAGAUUCCCGCAGAGACCCACCAGAUUCCCGCAGAGACCCACCAGAGUCCUGCAAAGACCCGCCAGAGACCUGCAGAGACCCCCCAGAUUCCUGCAAAGACCCACCAGAGUCCUGCAAAGUCCCGCCAGAGAACUGCAAAGACCUGCCAUAGUCCUGCAAAGACCCACCAGAGACCCACAGAGACCCAACAGACUGCAAAGAAACACCUGAGUCCUGCAGAGAAACACCGGAGUCCUGCAGAGAAACACCAGAGACCUGCAGAGACCCAACAGAUUACAGAGAAACCAGACCAUCUGGGUCUCACGGAACACAUUAACAACAAGGAUCCUCCGACAGAGAAACAGGAACCAGAAGAUUCUCCAACCGGACCAGAUCCACUAAAACCAAAUCUUCCAACAGAGCAACAAAAACUGGGAGAUUCUCCUCCAGAUCAACCUUCUCCAACACAACCAGAUCCACUAAAACCAGAUCUUCUUUGUCCAGAUCAAAAGAAACCAGGAGAUCCUUUUUGCCCAGAACGUGAACACCAAACUCAGGAGGGACUUUGUCUUACAAACCAGAAAACUGAAGAGGACCCUCCUCCUCCCGUCAAGGAUUUAAAGGUUUUCACUUCAACCUUCAAGCUCCACUUCUUUGAGUCCAGAGACCAGCAGGACCACCAGGACCUACAUCCAGAGAAACUCACUUCAACCAUACCUGAGAGUCGUCAGGACCACCAAGAUCCUCCUCCUCAACUGAACACCAAGAAGGCUCCUCCUCCUCACCUGAAAACAAAGAAGGCUCCUCUUCCUCCUCCUCCUCCUCACCUGAACACCAAGAAGGCUCCUCCUCCUCCUCACCUGAAAACAAAGAAGGCUCCUCUUCCUCCUCCUCCUCACCUGAACACAAAGAAGGCUCCUCGUCCUCCUCACCUGAACAUCAAGCAGGCUCCUCCUCCUCCUCACCUGAGCGACCAGCAGGAUCCUCCUCCUCCUCUUCCUGAGGUUCUGCCUUCGAUAAUCCAUACAACCGAAGUGUCGACCCAGGCCCCGCUGGCUCAGGCCCGGCUGGUUGAGGCUCCAACGGUUCACACUCCGCUGGUUGAGGCUCCACUGGUUGAGGACCCACUAGUUCAGGCUCCACCAGUUCAGGCUCUGCCGGUUCAGGCCCCGCUGGUUGAGGCUCCACUGGUUCUGGCUCCGCCGGUUGAGGCUCCAGUGGUUCAGGCUCCGCCGGUACAGGCCCUGCUGGUUCAGGCUCCGCCGGUUGAGGCUCCACCAGUUGAGGCCCCACUGGUUGAGGCUCCGCCGGUUCAGACUCCGCCGGUUGAGGCUCCACUGGUUCAGGCUCCGCCGGUUCAGACUCCGCCGGUUGAGGCCCCACUGGUUCAGGCCCUACCGGUUCAGGCUCCACUGUUUCAGGCCCCGCCGGUACAGGCUCCAUCGGUUCAGGCCUGCCCGGGUCAGGCUCCACCGGUUCAGGGUCCGCCGGUUGAGGCUCCACUGGUUGAGGCUCCACUGGUUGAGGCUCCGCCGGUUCAGACUCCGCCAGUUGAGGCCCCACUGGUUCAGGCCCUACCGGUUCAGCCUACACUGUUUCAGGCCCCGCCGGUACAGGCUCCACCGGUUCAGGCUCCACCUCUCACCAUCGAGAUUUUCAGUGACCAGGUGCGGCCCCUCCCCCUGGUUUCUUCUUCAGGUGACCCCAAACUGUGCGGCUUCCUGCAGAAGCAAGGGGGGCCCCUCAGAGCCUGGAAGCAGCGCUGGUUCACCUACGAGGAGAAGAAGAACCAGCUGUUCUACUACCGCACGCCACAGGAUGUGACGCCGCUCGGCCGGGUGGAGCUCUGCAGCGCCACAUUCACCUACCCUCUGAAGGCCGAGAACGGCACCUUCCACAUCAAGACACCUGAACGCACCUUCAUACUCAAGGCUGUGAGCCAGGAGCUGAUGCUCUAUUGGCUGCAGCAGCUGCAGGUGAAACGUUGGCAGCACAGACAGACGUCCACCUGUCCAGACCCGACCUGUCCAGACCCGACCAACAACAACAACAACAACAACACUGCAGACUUCCUGCCAGAGUUGAAGAGCCCGGUGGGUCUGGUGGGGGAGGAGGCGGCCAACGUGCCGUCACAAUGGGCGCCGCUCGCCAAUGUGUCAAUCAAACAUCCGUUCAUCGAGAUCCAAAACUCCGUCCACAGUCUCCGUAAGAGGUCGUCUCAGGACGGCAGUCAGAGUGUGUUUCAUGUUGAAGCUCCUCCGUGGAUUCCCCCCAACUCUUCCUCCCCAACCAGCAGCACCACAGUCCCUCCAGUUCCCAGGACAUCCACUGAGCCUCCGCCCCCGCCCCCUGCCCUCUCAUUGGCUGAGCAAGCAGGUCAGGUGACCCCGCCGGAGGUCAGGGAGGUCGACGGCCGGAACAGGAAGAUGAAGAGUCGCAGCUCGUCCACCAUGACGAUCCUCCGCAGAGACUCCUCAGACCGAACGUCUCGCCUCCAGCAGGACAAACAGAUGCUGAUGGAGGAGGUCAAAGCUCAGAAGGAGCUGGUGUGGAUCCUCCACAAAGCCUUGGAGGCGUCUCAGCUAGAGAAGCGAACCUGUGCAGAGUUUGUGGCGGAGAAAGGCGAGCAGGAGCGUCUGGAGCUGCUGCGACACCGCGAGCGGCAGGCAGUCGACCUGCGAGGGCGGCUGGAGGACGCCAUGACGGAGACGGAGGCCACAAGGACGAGUCUGGCUAAGAGAGACUCUCAGCUCAUCCAGCUGCAGGACCACAUUGGGAUGCUUGUGGAGAAGAACAACGCCAAGCAGGAGGUGAUCAUCAAGCUGUCCAAUCAGAUGACCUCCUGUAUGUCCUCCGACGGCGGUUUGAACUCUCCGACCUUCAGACGGCUUCAGCAGGAGAUCGAGAACCUGAAGGACGAUAUCGAGGCCUACAAGAUCCAGAACAAGUUCCUGAACUCUGAGAUCUACCAGCUGACCCAACUGUGGAGGACCAGUUCUGAGCAGGAGAAGAGUCUGAUGGUGAAGUGUGCCUACCUGGAGGCCAGUAACUGUCAGGUGGAGAGCCGGUACCUGGGCGUCCUGCGGCAGCUCCAGGAGACCAGAUCUCUGGAUCCGGUCCAGCAGGGGGCCGUCCAGAAGAUGAUCGAGGACGCUCUGAAAGGAGAGCUGAAGAGCGUCGUGAAGCUCAACAUGGCCAGAGACCACGAUGAGUACGGCUUCAAGAUCAUCCCGGACUACGAGGUGGAGGACAUGAAGCUGCUGGCAAAGAUUCAGGCGCUGGAGAUCCGCUCACACAACCUGCUGCACCAGGAGGGCGGAGAGCACCCCCAGUUGAGUCGCUGGGCUCAGUACCUCGCCGGCAGGUCGGCUGAUGACCUCGGUCCCUCGCCAGAGCUCAAAGGUCUGCUGCGAGGUGGCGUCCCUCAGGAGUACCGACAGCGGGUGUGGCGCUGGGUGGUCCGAACCAGAACCAGGACCAUCAGAGAGCGUCACUCAGAGCGCUACCAGCAGCUGUGUGAGAAGAGUCGGACGUGUCUUCAUCCAGCCUCCAGACAGAUCCAGCUUGACCUCCACCGCACACUGACAACCAAUCAGCACUUCUCCUCACCCUCUAGCCCCACCCUCCCGCAGCUCCGCCGCAUCCUAUUGGCCUUCUCCUGGCAGAACCCUGCCAUUGGCUACUGUCAGGGACUCAACAGGUUGGCGGCCCUCGCUCUGCUGGUCCUUCAGAGUGAAGAAGACGCCUUCUGGUGUCUGGUAGCCGUGGUGGAAACCAUGAUGCCUCAGGACUACUACACCAAGAACCUGGUGGCCUCUCAGGCGGACCAGCGGGUGCUGAAGGACUUCCUGGCGGAGAAGCUUCCCAGACUGGCGGCUCACUUUGAGGAUCACAACAUCGACGUGUCUCUCAUCACCUUCAACUGGUUCCUGGUGGUCUUCGUGGAGAGUCUGCCCAGUGACAUCCUGCUGCCGCUGUGGGACGCCUUCCUGUAUGAGGGCACCAAGGUGAUCUUCAGGUACGCUCUGGCUCUCUUCAAAUACAAAGAGGACGACAUCCUGAAGAUCCACGACGGUGUGGAGAUCUACCAGUACCUGCGCUUCUUCACCAAGACCAUCUCCGACGGCAGACGGCUGACCAGCAUCGCCUUCAAUGACAUGAACCCGUUCCCCGGCCGCCUGCUGAGGAACCGGCGAGUGCUGCACCUGGAGCGCCUGCAGGGCGAGCUGCGGGAGCUGGAGGAGCAGCAGAAGGAGUUCGUCUCGGAGAGCGCCGAACGUAAAGACAAAGAGCUCGACACAAUGGUCAGCGAGGACGACGAGGAGCUCUGACCUCACUGCUUCUUCACCUGUAGCUCACCAGCAGCAGCCUGUCGACCUCGACACCAGUCUGAUCCAGUUGGUUCCACUGGAAACUAAACGAAACUUCAACCAACCAUGUUGUCACUAGUUAGUUUCACACCAAACUCACCACUUUGGUCAGAUGCACCAUCUUUACUGUUUUAUUUAUAUAUUAUAUAUAUAUACAUAUGUAUAUAUAUAUAUAUAU